AUGGACGACGUUAAGGAUAAGUUAAAAGGAUUCAUGAAGAAAGUCAAUAUCUCUUCUUCCUCCGGCAAAUUCAAAGGCUCCGGCAGAGUUCUCGGAUCCUCUUCUUCCUCCGCACCCGUUAACCCGAUUCAAAGCCGGUUUAACCCUUCCCAAACUCCGAAUCCAAAUCCGACUCCCAGACCCAAACCUUCUCCAUCUCCGCCAUCGAGCGCCUCCUCUUCAGCUCCGUUAUCCUCCGGGUCAACGAGAAAUCCGGAUCCUGAUCCGGUUCGUGCUCCUCCUCCUCCUCCACAAGACGGAUUCGACCCGUACGGUGCGUUGAUCACCUCUUCCAACAGAUCUCAGAACGGUUACUCUCUCAACAUGUUCGAGUGUCCCAUCUGUAAAACUCCAUUCACGUCGGAGGAAGAAGUCUCUCUCCACGUAGAGACCUGUAUCGAGACCAAUAACGGAGACGAAUCUGCAUCAUCCGAGUCCGAGAAGAAGGAUAAUAACGACGAAUCCGAAACAGAGAAGCUCGUGGUUUUGUAUCUCUCCGGGAAACCAACGGAGAGCUCGAUUGGUGUUUUGCUUAGGCUGCUUAAGAACAUAGUGAAAGAGCCUGAGAAUGGCAAGUUUAGGAAGAUCAGAAUGAGCAAUGCUAAGAUCAAAGAAGCCAUCGGUGAUGUCCCCGGAGGUGUCGAGCUUCUCGAGCUCGUCGGAUUCGAACUGAAAGAAGAAAAUGGUGAGGUUUGGGCGGUUAUGGAAGCUCCUCGAGAAGAACAAUCUCAGUUGAUCAAUAAAGUUGUCGAGAUUCUAGAGAAGAGAGAUGUGCCUAAGAAAGAUGACAAGGUUGUUCUUGUAGCAGAGGCUCCAAAGAAGAUCGAUAGAGAGAUUCGUGUCUUCUUCUCUGUUCCUGAAAGCGUAGCGUCGAGGAUAGAGGUGCCUGACUCGUUCUACAGCCUCUCUGCUGAUGAGAUAAAGAGAGAGGCGGAUUUGAGGAGGAAGAAGAUUGCGGAGUCGCAGCUUUUGAUCCCGAGGUCUUACAAGGAGAAGCAAGCGAAAGCGGCGAGGAAGAGGUACAAGAGGAGUAUGAUAAGAGUGCAGUUUCCAGAUGGAGUUGUGCUUCAAGGUGUGUUUGCUCCUUGGGAACAAACCAUUGCUCUCUACGAGUUUGUGAGCUCUGCAUUGAAAGAGCCGAGUUUGGAGUUCGAGCUAUUGGAUCCGGUGCUGGUUAAACGGCGUGUGAUUCCGCAUACGCCAGCUCCGGGACAGAAACCGAUCACUCUGGAGGACGAAGAGCUUGUUCCGUCUGCGCUCAUCAGGUUUAGGCCGAUUGAAACUGACUCUCUCGUCUUCACAGGUCUCUGCAAUGAGCUCCUCGAGAUCAGCGAGCCACUCUCGUGA